GAUGACGGAGUUUUCCGCCGAUGCAGCUCAGAUGGUGCGACCGCGGCUGAUGCUGACGGCCGCCGUGGCCGCUGGAGAGAAGAACAUCCAGGCGGGCUACGACAUAGCUGAACUGUCAAAGGUGUUGGACUUCGUCUCGUUAAUGUCGUACGACUUACACGGAUCGUGGGAGGACUUCCUCGGUCACAACGCGCCGCUGUACCCGCGCGCAGACGAGACGGGGGAGCAGAGACUGCUGAACGUGGAAUGGGCGGCGAAGAGGUGGGUGGACGGAGGCUGUCCGCCCGCGAAGCUGAAUAUCGGGCUGGCCACCUACGGCCGUAGCUUCACGAUGUCCUCCUUUGACUGGGAGCACGACAUGGGCGACCCGGCGGAGGGCGCCGGCAAGGCCGGACGAUUCACGGCCGAGGACGGUUACCUCUCCUAUUACGAGAUCUGUGAGAUGUUACGGAAUGGAGCUACGCGACUGUGGCACGAUGAGCAUCAAGGUGUGCCCUACCUGUACACCACAGACAAGCAGUGGGUCGGCUACGAUGACGAGCAAUCAAUCGACAUCAAGGUGAAAUGGAGUGCCGUGAUAAUGGCACGCGUGGCGCCCUCGUGUGAGACAAUAGAC